AUGACUGUGAUCCUCCAAGUGAAGGCCAGCAACGAUGGCAAGCAGAUUUCCACUCAGAAAAUGCAGUGCUCCAGGGGUUCAGCUGUUGCAAAAAUAAUUGGUAAUAAUGUCAAGAAGCUUCAGAAGUUUGCUUCUACGGUCAAGAUGUGGGUCUUUGAAGAAACAGUUAAUGGGAGAAAACUGACAGACAUCAUAAAUAAUGACCAUGAAAACGUAAAAUAUCUCCCUGGACACAAGUUGCCAGAGAAUGUGGUUGCCGUCUCCAACCUCAGCGAGGCCGUGCAGGACGCAGACCUGCUGGUGUUUGUCAUCCCCCACCAGUUCAUCCACAGGAUCUGUGAUGAGAUCACCGGGAGAGUGCCCAAGGGAGCUCUGGGAAUUACCCUCAUCAAGGGCAUAGAUGAGGGCCCCGAGGGCCUGAAGCUCAUUUCCGACAUCAUCCGUGAGAAGAUGGGCAUUGACAUCAGCGUGCUGAUGGGCGCCAACAUCGCCAACGAGGUGGCCGCGGAGAAGUUCUGUGAGACCACCAUCGGCAGCAAAGUCAUGGAACAUGGGCUUCUCUUCAAAGAGCUUCUGCAGACCCCGAAUUUCCGAAUUACUGUGGUUGAUGACGCGGACACCGUUGAACUCUGUGGUGCUCUGAAGAACAUCGUGGCCGUGGGAGCCGGGUUCUGCGAUGGCCUCCGCUGUGGCGACAACACCAAAGCCGCCGUCAUCCGCCUGGGGCUCAUGGAGAUGAUUGCCUUUGCCAGGAUCUUCUGCAAGGGCCAGGUGUCCACAGCCACCUUCCUGGAGAGCUGCGGGGUGGCCGACCUCAUCACCACCUGCUACGGAGGCCGGAACCGCAGGGUGGCCGAGGCGUUUGCCAGGACCGGGAAGACCAUUGAAGAACUGGAGAAGGAGAUGCUGAACGGGCAGAAGCUCCAAGGGCCGCAGACUUCAGCCGAGGUCUACCGGAUCCUCAAACAGAAGGGGCUGAUUGACAAGUUUCCGUUGUUUACUGCAGUGUAUCAGAUCUGCUACGAAGGCAGACCGGUUCAAGAGAUGCUGUCUUGUCUCCAGAGCCAUCCAGAGCAUAUAUAAAACGAACCGUGCCGUGCGUCGGGGAAAGGUCUGCCUUCCCAGCCAGCCCGUUGAGUUCACAUGGAAACCACGACUUGGCCACAAGACGUUUGCCUAAUGUAAUCCUACCCUGGAUGCGCGUGGAGUUGUGCAGGCGUGCGCAGUCAGACGCAGUCCGUUGACGCUGAGAUGUACAGGGCAACAACUAAACACACAUGCAAACAUGAGUGUGUGUUCCUCUUUCCUUCUGUGGGUGUUUCCGUGACCCAAACGAAAGGUCCUUUUUCAAAAACUGCUUUCGAAAUUCCCCCUCCUUGGUAGUGUAUCAGAUUGGAACUAACUCAGCUAAGAUUUUUUUUUUCAAUGUAAUUCAUAUGUAUUUGAGUGGAAGAAUUCUUUUUUUCUUUCUUUGGGUAUUAAAUUUUAACCAGCAUUAACAUGAUAGCCAGAAUGGACGAGUGAGUGCGUUAGGGAUCAACUUAUUUAACUUUUAACACUAUCUCAAAGCCAGCAUAAUGAACUCCUUCAAUCGUGGACUGAUCAUUUUUUUUUUUAAUAUGAGAUCUUUUUAAUUAGAUAA